AUGCUUCAGUACAGCAGCAGACCGCACACUCCAGGCACUCGCCGAAGACGAACGAGGAGCUCAUGCGCAGACUCAGGCUUGCUUCCAUCACCAUCUCCGUCGCCUUCACCUUCACCGUCAACACCUUCAGACAGCUCGUACCGGCCAGACUCGUUUCCCAUGGCCGCGCAAACCUGCGAAGCCUUGUUAGGCAUAGCCAUCCACAAUUUGUCAUCCACUCCUGACUUUCUCCAGGACUCUACUGGUGCCAUGCAGAUGCAGGCAUCCUCUCCAUGCCCAUCGUCUCAGCCUUUCGAAAUAGGCCUCUCCCUUCGGGGGGUUACUACUCCCUCCUCCCCAAACUCCUCAACCUCAUCCACCUCUCUCGGCCACCACUCCGACGCCGCUGAGGCAUAUAAGUAUGGCGCUCAUUCCCACGCCAAUACUAGUGCUAACGCACACGGGCAAUCUUCAGGGCCUUUCGUCUGCCAGGUGUCGCCUCCCACGCCCUUGUCCGACUUCAUGCACGAGUCUCAGCCCAUUUCUGUACUAGAUUAUCCCAACAUGUUCGUCCCCGACUACACUGUCGACAGCGCUUCAGCUUUCGAUUCACUUCAAUUCAGCAACGUAGACACCCCAGUCACUGUUAGCACAGCAUCAUUAUCAAUGUCUCCACCACUUGGCAAUAUACCAUCCCGUCCAUCCAGCGUAUCGGACUCCUUUGGCAUCUACGAUCAACCACAACAUCACCACCAGCACCAUCCGCCUUCAACGCUGCAAUUCGGCCGGGACCAGUGGAAUAUGGCUCUUCCCAUUCCACGCUCAACUGUAUACCCGGACCAACAGAAGAUGAACAGGGCCGCGCCAGACAACUGUCCCGGGAGCAACAGGCAGACCAUGUCGUCCGCUCAUGGCUACUCAGACCUCUCAAAACCACUAGACAUGAAUCUACAGAGUCUUGACAGCUCAAUACCCACCUCCCAGGGCCAGUAUGGCCUCUCAGCAACUUCAUAUCCACAAGCACCAUACUAUACACCUGUCCCUUCACUACCAACCACUCCCCCUUCAACAAGCUCCCCAACUUUCUCACGCUCUCACGUCCAUGCACCUUCUCAUACCCAUCACCGCACCCCUUCAUCUAGCUCUCCCUCUCCAACCGCUUUAAGUGAGGCUGAUCUUCGCUCUAAGCCCCAAUGCUGGGACCAUGGAUGCAAUGGGCGGUCAUUUUCGACCUUCAGCAACUUGCUGCGCCAUCAAAGAGAAAAGGCUGGCCUUUCCGUUAAAGCCGAAUGCCCGUACUGUGGAGCCGCCUUCACUAGAUCGACGGCGCGAAACGGCCACUUAGAGCGAGGUCGAUGCAAAGCUAUGAGAGAGGAAUGA